CAUAGCUUGGAGAUAGGAGAGGGGCCGUCUUCGUACUCCGGUCGAGCGGCGCUGAACGAAGCCGGGCCUUCGUCGUCGCUGGGUUCUGCCCGCGAGUCAUUGCUGUGUCAGGAGUUCAGACAGCGCGCGCACAUGCCCUUCCUGACACUCAGCACUGCAGGCACCAGCACCGGGCGGUCGCCGUUUGAGCAGGCGGCCGACGGCGGGCAGGACUCGCCGAUGCACACACUGGAGCAAGCGCGGCGCACCGUUACGGCUUUUACGGAUACAGAUAGGCCCGAGCCGGCCGUAACGGCGUCCGCCGCACGGCGGCAGCCGAGCGCGCCGCUGCCGGACUCGCCGAUGACGGCCGGGCCGGCCGGCGGCGUUGCGGCAAUCGCCUUCCCCCCGGAGAGGCAGCGGGUGCAGGCUGAUCUGCACAGCCCAUCUGGGGAUGCUCAGAUUCGGCGUCUAGGCAGUAGCACACUCAGCAAUGGGUAUGACAGCGCGAAUGAAAUCAAUGAUUGAAUGCAGCUGCAGCAAAUGCAGCUGUCACAGGUCGGCACCAGUAAUACGACUCCAGAACUCAAAAGAUCAUUCAUCGCCUUUAUUUCGUCCUGAAGCCAUCAUUUGUUAUAGCAGCGGCUUUCAUUCCUCUGCAGAGCUCUCUAGAUUCCAUAAUACCAUCACUCAGCAGGCAUGUGGGAUUUUACAAGACUGGAUGAAGAUCCACUGGACCUGAUCUGGAUCUGAUCCGGGUUUUCAAACGCUUCAAACGUGUGGAACCGAGAUCUUGUU